AUGAAUGGAUCCACUAUUUCGGAGUUCAUUUUACUUGGCUUCUCCUGCUCCGGCAUUUCCUGGCUCUUCCUUUCCACCGUGGUGUUGGCCUGUUGCACCAUCAAUUUUCUGGGCAACUUCCUGAUCAUGGUGACUAUUUGGACUGAGCCCCAGCUCCUCGGCUCCCCCAUGUAUUUCUUCCUAGCCAAUCUCUCUCUCAUAGAUAUAUCCUUGGGCUGCGUGGCUGCUCCCAAGUUAGCAGCUGACUUGCUGAACUGUGGUCAUUCCAUUUCCUAUGAGGGGUGCAUGGCGCAGAUUUUCUUCUUCCAUUUCUUUGGGGGUGCAGAGAUGCUCCUUCUCACACUCAUGGCCUAUGAUCGCUACGUGGCCAUCUAUGACCCACUGAGGUAUAUGGUCAUCAUGGACCGGCAGCGCUGCCUCAGGCUCCUCCUGCUUUGCUGGGCAGGAAGCUUGGUUCAUGGGAUCAUUCAUGUAGUGGUGAUUGCCCAGUUACCAUUCUGUGGCCCUAACGUACUGGACAAUUUCUUCUGUGACUUGCCACAAGUGAUCGACCUAGCUUGUUCAGGGGGUUAUUCUGCUGAGAUUCUCACAGUAGCCAAUGACACCAUGAUAACCGUGCCCUGUUUUUUGUCCUUGUUGGUUUCAUAUGCUGCCAUCUUGGCCACCCUCUGUGGCCAUUUGGAAAGGGAUUGGAGGAAGGCUCUCUCCACUUGCAGCUCCCACUUGACGGUGGCCAGUCUCUACUAUGUGCCCAUUCUCUUUGUGUAUGUGCAGCCCUUCUCCAGCUCCCAAGAGAACAAGAUAGCCGCUAUAUUCUACAUGGUGGCCACUCCUGCCCUCAAUCCCUUCAUCUAUGCAAUGAGGAACCAAGAGAUGAAGAACGCCAUCGGGAAAUGGAAAAGCAAGCAAAAACUCUUCCCUAUUGCUGCAAAGGGGUUACAUGUGUGA